GCUGCCACUCAAAGCCGGCCCGGCGCCGGCGACGCCCCUCAUCCCGGAGCCGCCCAGACCAGAAGCCAGAAGCCGCAGAUUGUGAGGGGAAGGAGGUGAUGGAGCAGAGAGUAGGAGGAGGAAGAGGAGGAAGAGGAGGGUUGGAGUGAAGCGACCAGCAGCGGGUCUGGCGGUGAUGAUGGUGAUGAUGGUGAUGAUGGUGAUGAUGAUGGUGGGGAUGUGAGUCAGAAGGCGGAGGAUCCGGGAUGCUCACAGACACUCCGAACCAACCGAACCCUGCAGACGCACACAGAGCCUAGAGGAGGAGAACCCCGCAGGAUCCGACGGUGACACGCACGCAUACAGGUGAUUGUUCUGGUGAGGCAGGAGGACUUCAGCUCCCAGGAUGCCUGAGCAGAGCAACGACUACCGGGUGGUGGUGUUCGGAGCAGGCGGGGUGGGGAAGAGUUCGCUCGUUCUCCGGUUUGUUAAAGGCACCUUCAGGGACACCUACAUCCCCACGGUGGAGGACACCUACAGACAGGUGAUCAGCUGCGACAAGAGCGUCUGCACGCUGCAGAUCACUGACACGACAGGAAGUCACCAGUUCCCCGCCAUGCAGCGGCUCUCCAUCUCCAAAGGUCACGCCUUCAUCCUGGUCUACUCCAUCACCAGCCGCCAGUCCCUGGAGGAGCUCAAACCCAUCUACCAACAGAUUCUGGCCAUCAAAGGGAGUGUGGAGUCCAUUCCCAUCAUGCUCGUGGGCAACAAGAGCGACGAGACGGCCCAGCGCGAGGUGGAGACCAAGGUGGGCGAGGCUCAGGCCACUUCCUGGAAGUGCGCCUUCAUGGAGACGUCGGCGAAGACGAACAGCAACGUGAAGGAGCUGUUCCAGGAGCUGCUGGCGCUGGAGAAGAAGCGGGACAUGAGCCUGAGCAUCGACGGGAAGCGCUCAGGGAAACAGAAACGAGCCGACAAGCUGAAGGGGAAGUGCAGCCUCAUGUAGGGACGCCUCUCUGCUCCAGACCAACAAAACGCCUGGAACAUUCACACCGGGCCUGGACCGGACUGGGUCUCUGAUCUGUACAUAUGAGCUCCACUGUUAACAACAACAGGAAAUCUGGACCUUAAGGACUCAACGCCGACCUUUCUGUUGUUUCUAAACGUUCCUGGACCUGGAACCUUUAGGAUUAAACAAUCGGGUGUUUUCCUUCCCUUCUGACCGUAACGGCAGAGUCAGUCCGUCGGUUUUACAGCAUGCACCUCAACAUGAAGGCCGGAGCUGCAGCGGACUCAUUACUGACCAUUUCUACGCUUUUAUCUCUUCUCUGGCUGCUGGUAUCCAGGAGGAAGUCUGGGAAUUCUGAUGCAACACAUUAAUAACCGUUUCUGGGACCAGAGCCUGAAGGCUGGAAGGCCAAAGGUCACCUGUUGGCAGAAAGGCCCUGUAGAAUCUAUAACAUGUUUUUGUUGGUGUGGAACUGGGAAAAGUGUCAUCAGAGAUUUACACAAAUCUGUUUUAUUUUUGUUUUUGUUUUUGAGAUUGGACCUGCUGGUUCUGAUUUCUCUCUCAGAACUUUAACACCUGAAUAAAACAGGUGUAUCGCCUGAUCCACAUGGUUUCAAGUUCUGCAAAUCCUCACUGAGGAACUGAUUAUUUGAUCUGGCUUUGCUGAAGCAGAGAUGGACCUAAAAGUUCAGGAAUAGUUCUCAAGGAUGGGAGUUUCACUCCUCAAGUGGUGGGCUCAGCUAUAACCGCUAACGCGCUAACAGCCAAGCUAAUUCUUUUGUUUAGUGUUUGAAAACAUUUAGCACACUUAGCUUCUCCUGAAUUAAUUUUUCCAGAAGAAUGAAUUUACUUGGCUGUUUUGUAAACUUUCAGUUGAAUAAAGGUCAACAUCUGUGUUGAAG